AAGUUGGUAGGAAGUCCGGACUGAUUCUAGUAGCUGAAACAAGGGCCACACACAUCUCGUCUCCAUCCGUUUCUUCUCCUGUAAAUUAAAAUCCCAUUUCAGACUUUCAGUAAGCUACUCCUACUACUCUCUCUACACUCUUCAAUUUUCUUCCCCAGUCACCAUCCUUAUUAUACAAAUAUAUCGCCAUCCUUACCACCACGACCACAACAACCAGAAAAGAAAAAAAGAAAUGGAGGAGUGCUCUCAUGAAGAACUCCAGCAACCUAUCUUACAAUUAAAAUCACCGUCCGUAUCACGGCAGUCGUCGGCCGGGGAGUACAGAUGGAGCGACCAACUGGAAAAGAUACUAACGGAUCCCCAUAUACCGACGUUGAAGCGCUAUCGGAUGGCCACUUGGAUCGAACUAAAGCGCCUCUUUCUCCUCGCUGCCCCCGCCGUGGUCGUAUACAUGAUCAACUAUUCCAUGUCCAUGUCCACCCAGAUCUUCUCUGGCCACCUCGGCAACCUGGAGCUCGCUGCUGCCUCUCUGGGCAACACCGGUAUUCAAGUUUUCGCCUAUGGUCUCAUGCUGGGCAUGGGGAGCGCAGUUGAGACACUGUGCGGCCAAGCAUACGGUGCUGGCAAGUACGGAAUGCUAGGCAUCUAUCUCCAAAGAUCAACUGUAAUCCUUAUGGCAACUGGGAUUCUACUCAUGGUGAUAUAUAUCUUCUCCAAGCCCAUCCUGAUUGCGCUCGGUGAAUCAUCGGAGAUCGCAUCGGCGGCAGCGUUGUUCGUCUACGGCCUUAUCCCACAGAUAUUCGGCUACGCUGCCAACUUCCCAAUACAGAAAUUCCUGCAGGCGCAGAGCAUUGUGACUCCCAGCGCCUACAUAUCAACGGCUACCCUUGUCGUGCAUCUCUUCCUAAGCUGGAUCGUUGUGUUUAAGGUGGGUCUGGGCUUGUUAGGAGCCUCGCUGGUUUUGAGUCUGUCGUGGUGGAUCAUCGUGGCGGCUCAGUUCCUCUACAUCGUGGUGAGCGAGAAGUGUAAGUACACAUGGACUGGUUUUAGCAUGCAGGCGUUCUCUGGUUUGUUCGAUUUCUUGAAACUAUCGGUAGCUUCAGCGGUGAUGCUGUGCUUGGAAACUUGGUAUUUCCAGAUACUGGUUCUGAUUGCUGGGUUGCUCAAGAACCCCGAAUUGGCGCUUGAUUCUCUCUCUGUUUGCAUGACGAUAUCAGGUUGGGUGUUCAUGGUUUCAGUUGGCUUCAACGCAGCUGCAAGUGUUCGCGUGAGCAACGAGCUGGGUGCCGGAAAUCCAAAGUCGGCGGCAUUCUCCGUGGUGAUCGUUACUUCAUCGUCCUUCAUAAUAGCUGUGAUCGCGGCCAUAACCGUGCUGGAGCUACGCCAUGUCAUCAGCUACGCCUUUACCAGCGGCGAAGCGGUGGCCAACGCGGUUUCAGACUUGUGUCCGCUGCUGAGCAUCACUCUCAUCCUCAAUGGAGUCCAACCCGUCCUUUCAGGUGUGGCGGUUGGAUGUGGAUGGCAAGCUUUUGUAGCGUAUGUUAACGUUGGAUGUUACUACAUUCUUGGAAUUCCACUGGGGGCCCUGCUUGGUUUUAAGUUCGAUCUUGGUGCUAAGGGCAUAUGGUCUGGGAUGAUCGGCGGCACUAUGAUGCAAACUCUGAUUUUGCUCUGGGUUACGUAUCGGACAAACUGGAACAAAGAGGUGGAGGAAGCCACAAAGCGACUUAAUAAAUGGGAAGACAAACCAGAGCCACUUUUGAAGGAUUAAACCAUUGAUGAUGAUGAUGGAUCAAUUUUACGUCGUAUAAUGGCAGCAUUUGAUUUGAUAUUCUUCUACCCACCGCGAGAUAAUGCCAUCGAUAUUCUCGAUAUUAAGUUGAAAGCCUCUCUCUCUUUCUCUCAUAUAGGGUCGAAUCCUUUGUUAAUGUAUGUGAAUUAAUUGGAACUUUUGUAAUGAAGAGUGAUAAAAAGGAGUCCGUAUAUCCUGCACA